AUGGUCAUAUUAAAAUUAAUCCAGAAAGAGUUUAAUCAUGAUGCUCAAAUUAUAUUCAUAUGGAAAUUACAAAAACUUACUCAUAUAUUAGAAUAUACAGAUAUAUUAAAGAAAUUACAUGAAUUAAAUAAUUUCAAAUAUCAAGAUUAUAUAAUUGAAUGGAAUCAUAAUCAUAAUAUGUAUCAAAUUACAAAUACAGAAGAGUUAAAAAAUGCACUGAAAGAAUUAUAUCGUAAAUAUAUAAAAGAUCGAUGUAUCCGAUUUCAUAUUACACCAUUAUCUUAUUAUCAUGAAUAUGAACCACCGCCACCGUAUGAAAUUCCUUCUUCUUCUUCGUCUUCAUUAUUAUAG